AUGUCAUUGAACAUGGAUGAUAUUGUCCAUGGGAAUCUUGAUGAUCCUAGCCCCGUAUUUCAAGGAGUCAAUGACAAACCCUCAUCCCUUGCUCCAGAACCUGGCAAUCAUCAUUCAUCUAACAAGUUUGAACGUACUGAUCCCCACUCUCUAUUCAACCCUUUGUCUAACUCUGACCGCGAUGUCAAUAUGAUCGAUCAAUCUGCCUCCCAUUGUGACCAAGAUACCUUUGAGGAGGUCUGUGAAAAACUCCAGUCUGAGUUGAAACUCGAUCCUCAGCAUUUGAAGAUUGCUCUUCUCGCUAGCAAGUUUGUCCCGGAAGAAGGGAACACUGCAGUGAUUUUUGCAAAUGGCGCCUAUCACCAACUCAAUGGUCCCCAACCAGCUGAAACUCUUGAGUUUGAUCAAGUUUUCAAGAUCUUUGUCAGAAAAAAGGCUUGCAUUCUCUUACUUGAACCAACCAUCAAAGCAUACUCAAACAACCCCCAUAGGAACGGUGUGGUGUUCUAA